AAAUCGUUUUCCACGCCGUUCUGUUCCCCUAUCCCAAACAGGAAGCUCACGAGAAGUCCCAGCAAGUCGAGCGGAAGUGGGCUGUUUAGCGAAACGUUGACGGCCGCCCUUGGCAAGCGCAAGAAUAGGUUCAAAGAGAUCACCGAGGAGCUUAAUCUGCGCAUUAAUAAGGAGGAGGAAACCGAGGAACUGUACGAGCCGCCCUUGUUCAACGUGGAGAAAAUCCAGCGGAUCAUGGAGCGGGUGGUCGAGAAGCAGUUCGAGGUGAAGGACGAGGAGGAGGGGGCCAAGUACAUUUACGAUCCGGCGCUGAAUUUGAAAAUGUGUCAAACGAUCGCCAAGCAGAUCAAGGAUCGCGUCAAGGCCAUGAAUUACAAAAGGCACAGAAUUAUCAGCUUGGUAUCGAUUGUUGAAAAGCAGCAUCAGGGAGUUUACUACAAGAUGAAGUAUAUUUUAGAUCCCAAGAUGGACAACUUUGUGCGACACUACCAUGAGACACCCUAUGUUUAUAUUACUGCAACUGUUAUAUUAGUUCAUAAGGAUUGAAUAAAGUUAUUUAAAAAUGUUGUGAUUCAUUCGAAA